AUGACUGAGCGAAGUAUCAACAAAAUCGCCCGAUGCGAGAGUCUCCCCGUUAAAAGGCUUGAUGAUCUAACCCUGGGUGUGGAUUAUCAGAUUAAUGCAUUUAAAAGCGUGAACACCAAAUAUGGUAGAAGAAUCGUGGCUACUCUGGCUGCUGAGCACGACGUUUUCCUGCCUGCACGUGAAUCUGCAGCACUUUUGGACGAUCACGAAGAAUACAUCUACCAUAAGACAUUGCUUCAAGUGGAGCACGCCACUACCAAGGCCUCUGGUGUUCAGGCGGCACUCUCUAGAUUGAUGCCGAACGCGGGUGGACCUAGCCAGCGAAGGAGAGCGCUGCUGGCAUCAGUGAGCACAUCGGUGCUAACCUAUGGCAUUGCCAUUUGGUCGGAGGCGCUUCACACCCAGGUGACCAGGCGUAGGAUGGCGGCGGGGUACAGACUCAGUGCAAUCAGAGUGGCCAGCGCCUACCGCACGGUAUCCGAUGACGCGAUUGGGGUCAUCGCUGCGAUUCUACCGGUUGAGAUCCUGGCAGAGGAACGAAGAUUUUUAUACCGACGGAGGGAGCGACUACCAUGUGAUGCAUCCCAAAAGUGA